AUGUCUGACAAAUUGAGCCCGGAGCAAAUCGAAGAGUACAAAGAGGCGUUCUCGAUAUUCGACAAGAAUGGAGACGGUAAGAUCAGUCCUAGCGAGUUGGGCACAGUCAUGAGAGCGCUUGGCCAAAACCCUACUCAGCAGGAAUUGAACGACUUGGUCAACGAGAUUGACUCGAACGGGAACUCGAUGAUCGAGUUCAGCGAGUUCUUGACCAUGAUGGCCAGACAGAUCAAGGAGCAGGACGUUGAGGCCGAGAUCUUGGAGGCGUUCAAGGUCUUCGACUCUGACGGUGACGGGAAGAUCUCCCAGACCGAGUUGGUGAGAGUGUUGACCACGAUUGGUGAGAAGUUGACCGACGCGGAAGCCAAGCAGAUGUUGGAGGCUGCGGACACCGACUCCGACGGCCAGAUCGACAUCGAGGAGUUUGCCAGAGUUUUGAAAGGUAAAUAA